AUGUCCGCGAUCCUGCACCAACUAUUCUCUGCUUUCCCAUCUCUGGUGAAGCAUGCUGUUUCUUCUUAUAGCUUCAAUGGGAAGGAACUACUCCACUUGUUCGACGAAAUGUUUGAGAUCCUCUGCCAGACAGCUACCGAUCCCGCUGUCGGACAAGUUGUGUGCGUACUGGAUGCUCUCGACAAAUGCAGCGACGAUGAUCGAAUUUUCCUAAUUGAAACAAUUACUUCAUUCUACCACCGAGCCAAGAAUGCUUCAAAUGAUGAAAUUCAGCCCAGGUUGAAGUUCCUCUUGACCAGCCGCCCAUAUUCCCACAUCCACUUGCAAUUCCACGAUCUCAUGAAGGAGGCCCCUACUAUACACUUGUCUGGAGACCAUGAAUCCGAAAAGAUCAAAGAUGAAAUCGAUCACGUUAUCAAUGUCGACAUCCCAAGACUUGCAGCUCAAAAGGGAUUCGACGAAGAGGCAACAGAAUACUUGAGGAGUUACGUUCAGUCGACAACAGAACAUAUCUGUGGCUCAGCUUGA